CGGAGGUGCCCGUGCGACCGCCAUUUUCAAUCAGUGCGCGCAUUUUUUUUCUUUAUAGCCGCUAUAUUACGUGUUCAUGUGUCAAAUGCCAGUGUGUCAAAUCUUGAAAAAGUUUUAAUAAAUAAAAAAAAAGAAUUCCUUUUUUUCUCUGUGCUGUUUUGGCUUUCGGUAAAACCAGAUUUAUUAGACAACGCCCGUGCAUACAAAUAGGAUUGUAUAGGCUAUGGAGAUUGCUAUUUGGAGAUUUGCUAAUAAAUCCUAAAAUAUCCACUGAGGUAUAAUAAAAAUACCAGGAAAAGAUUUUAGAGUUUCUACAAAAAUGAAAUUGUUAUGACAUUGACUUAAAAUGGAGAAAUUACGCAAUAGUAUACGUAUUAUAAGGAAGCAGAAGCAUGACAGGAAUAGUGUAUACUCUAUGGUGUCCGGCAGAGACCUGACGCCAGGAAGUUUGGAGGUUUGGGUGGAUCUGCCUGAUGAAAUCAAGUAUGAUCCUCUGUUGGCGCCGUUCAAGGACCUCUACGAAAGGCAUCAUGGUAAAGUGGAUACUUUGGAUAUCACAGAUGAAGAUGAUAACACCGAUAUCAAGAACCCAGAUGUGGGAGAUGUUGCAGAGGCAAGUGACCUGAACCAUGAGAAAGAAAAUGGCAGCAACGGAUUAAUGACAGGACAAAAUGAUGAGGUACAGGAAAUAAAGUCGCCAAGAAAAACACAGUUACACCGCCUUGCGCGGAUGCUGAAGUUGACAGUGUUGGUUACAUGUUGGGGUCUACUUACUGUAUCUCUUAUUAUGAACAUGGAGAGGUCCGAUGUGGUACUACACACCGCUGUGAAAGGCGGGGAGAUCAAAGAGUAUCAACUGCAAGCAGGCAUCGACAAGGUUAAGACCCUAAUUACACUUACUGGACCUUUCCAUCAAGGGGCCAGUGACAGUGGAAACUUAUUAUACUUAUGGCUACAUAGAGUCUACGAAACUACGCCCGAUAGUAUUAUUUUAGAACAGAAUUCAACAUUAUGGGAGAUACUUCUGCAGCCAGAACAUGUUCUAGAUUUUUCUGAGAGCGUGACAGUAUCAAAUACAGUCUCGUUAGAAGAUCAAAACGAUCCCGAAUACCGUACUCUAAUUAAUUCAGUGAUCAAUCAGACACGACAAUUUGUACAUGAAAACAUAUCAACGUGGAACCAGACUGAUGGAAAUAGUACAAAAGUAACUCUACGUUUAGCUACCACAAGCAAUAGCACAGUGCCUCUAACUGUGAGCUAUCAACUCGACCCAUUAGAGGAAACCCGGGCCAUAUUGUAUGCGGCUAUAUUGCUUUGUUUCUUGUAUACGCUAAUUAUUUUUGAGAUCGUAAAUCGCACAAUUGCAGCACUUUUAUCUUCAACUCUUGGCGUUGGUGUGUUAGCACUGAAUGGAGCCAGGCCCUCACUGGACGAACUGGUUUCUUGGCUGGAUGUGGAAACCCUCUUGUUGCUGUUCAGUAUGAUGAUCUUGGUUGCCAUACUAGCAGAGACUGGGCUUUUUGAUUACUUAGCCGUUAUUGCUUUUGAGGUAACAGGAGGAAGAACAUGGCCAUUAAUCAAUUGUCUUUGUUUCUUCACCGCAUUCUUCUCCACCUUUCUCGACAACGUCACCACAGUGCUGCUGAUGACUCCGGUCACGAUACGGUUAUGCGAAGUGAUGCAGUUGAAUCCUGUACCAGUACUUAUGUCCAUGGUAAUAUUCAGUAACGUGGGGGGAGCAGCGACCCCAGUCGGGGACCCACCUAAUGUAAUCAUAGCUAGCCAUCCGGAUGUCCUGAAAGAGAAUAUAAACUUUGCAACGUUCACACUACACAUGGGUCUCGGUAUACUGUUGGUGUGCGUACAGACAUAUCUGCAACUCAGAUUUAUAUUUCGAGACAUGAACAAAUUACGUCACAGUGUACCAACUGAUAUACAAGAAUUGCGGCAAGAAAUAGCUGUCUGGAGACGCGCUGCAGCAUCACUAUCUUCAUACUCCAGAGAUGAAGAUCUAGUCAGAAGUGCUUUAGAGAAAAAGGUAAAGAAAUUAAAAAGUAUAUUAGCGAAGAGAGAAUGUGGAAAGGGUAUAUCUAAAUUGGACCCAAAAUUCAGUUCGACUUUGGCGCAAAUGAAACAAAAAUAUCGUAUCAGAGAUAAACAACUGUUGGUGAAAUCAACAAUAAGCGUUGCAUUUGUGGUCAUAGUGUUCUUCUUACACGCCAUACCUGAACUACAACGACUAUCCUUGGGGUGGACCGCGCUUCUCGGAGCUUUACUGCUGCUCCUCCUGGCUGAAAAAGAAGACCUGGAGCCCAUACUAGCACGUGUCGAGUGGUCCACGCUUCUGUUCUUCGCUGCGUUGUUUGUUUUGAUGGAGGUACUUACCAAAUUACGGCUUAUUGAUUGGAUAGGCAAAUUAACUGAAUCACUCAUAUUGAAAGUAGGCGAAGAAUCCCGACUUGCUGUUGCCAUCAUGUUAGUGCUAUGGGUAUCUGGAAUAGCGUCAGCGUUUGUGGAUAAUAUCCCGCUGACAACCAUGAUGGUACGGGUCACUGUUGCCUUGGCAGACCCCAAGGGGCUGGGGCUGCCAUUAGCACCAUUGGCUUGGGCGUUGAGCUUUGGUGCCUGCCUUGGAGGCAACGGGACAUUGAUCGGCGCGAGCGCUAACGUGGUGUGCGCAGGAGUGGCCGAACAACACGGGUACCGGUUCACAUUUAUACAGUUCCUGAAAAUCGGCUUUCCGGUCAUGUUGGGGAAUCUUUUAGUCGCAUCAGCUUAUCUCUUAUUUUGUCAUAACGUAAUCUAUUGGAACUAGGUAAUAUGUGUAAUUAUGUAUCACAGACAAAAAUAUUAUUACAUAAUAUUUUGUAAUGUUAUUACUAAUUGGAAACAUUACCACACCAACCAAUCGUAAUGAAUAUGUAAUCAAAGUUUAAUAUUCUUGCCCAGCAGUGGGACACUAAUUAAGGUGUAGAGAAAUAUAUCUACAAGUUGAGUUUUCAUAAGUACAAAAAGAGCUCAAAUAUACGAUAUGAUUAAUAAAUUAAUCUAAAUUAUUGAAUAAAAUAAAUUAUGUAAAUUAUUGAACAUUUUGAGUACAAUAAAUAAAUUACAUCGACUGCAACAGUCCCUCCUUAUGACCAC